AUGCGGCGUUCACGUUACUUCUUGCCGACCCUGAGAGAGAACCCGGCCGAGGCGCAGAUCGUCUCGCACCGGCUCAUGCUGCGCGCCGGCAUGAUCCGGCAGUCGAGCGCCGGCAUCUACAGUUGGCUGCCGCUGGGCCAUCGGGUGCUUCGCAAGAUCGAGCAGGUGGUGCGCGAGGAAAUGAACGCCGCCGGCUGCCAGGAGAUCCUCAUGCCGGCGGUGCAGCCGGCCGAGCUUUGGGAGGAGAGCGGCCGCUACCAGGACUACGGCAAGGAGAUGCUGCGCUUCACCGACAGCACGACCGGCCGAUGCUCUUCGGCCCGACUCAUGAGGAGGUCGUGA